ACUUGGUUCUAUAUUUUCACUCGUUUCUGGGACUGGCCGGCCACCAUCUCAUACCACACAUAACAACACUUUUAUUUUCUUGGAUUUUCAUAUUCUUAGACUUUGACCCUUUGCAAAUAAAUAUCUUUCAGGAUGUCUGCAUUUCUUAAAGCAUCGAAGGUUAUUGCUCAGCAAGCACGCAACUUCAGCUCAAAAAUAAACGAUGUGGUUAUCGUAUCUGCAGCUAGAACACCAAUGGGUAGCUUCCAAAGCUCAUUGGCACCACUUUCUGCUACACAAUUGGGUGCAACAGCAAUCGAGGCUGCCGUACAGAGAGCUGGCAUCGCGAAAGAAGAUGUCAACGAAGUGUACAUGGGAAAUGUAGUCUCAGCUGGUUUGGGUCAAGCUCCUGCUCGUCAAGCAGCUAUUUUCGCUGGACUCCCUAAGAAUGUUUGUUGCACUACAGUAAAUAAGGUGUGUUCAUCUGGAAUGAAGGCAGUAAUGAUUGCAUCACAAACACUGAUGUUGGGCCAGGCUGAGAUCAUUGUAGCUGGUGGUAUGGAAUCAAUGUCCAAUGUACCAUACUAUCUUAAACGUGGUGGAACUCCCUAUGGAGGGGUUAAUAUGAUUGAUGGUAUUGUGCAUGACGGUCUGUGGGAUGUUUACAACAAGUUCCACAUGGGUAAUUGUGCCGAAAAUACGGCUAAGAAAAUGGGCAUAUCGCGCAAAGAGCAAGAUGACUUCGCUAUCAGCUCUUACAAGCGUUCGGCGCAAGCAUGGGCUGAUAAGGUUUUUGAUGCUGAAAUCGCCCCUGUUAAAAUCCAACAAAAGAAGAAGGGAGAAAUAAUUAUUUCUGAGGAUGAGGAAUUCAAACGAGUUAACUUUGAUAAAUUUGGACAGUUGACAACGGUGUUUCAGAGAGAGAACGGCACUGUAACAGCUGGAAAUGCUUCGACAUUGAACGAUGGUGGUGCUGCUGUUGUUCUGAUGACUGCUGAUGCAGCCGAACGUUUAAAACUAAAACCUUUGGCUCGAAUUGUUGGCUUCCAAGAUGCUGAAACUGAUCCAAUUGACUUUCCUAUUGCUCCAGCACUAGCUAUUCCAAGGCUUCUUGAAAAAACUGGCAUCCGAAAGGAUGAAGUUGCAAUGUGGGAAAUUAAUGAAGCCUUUGCAUUAGUUGUUGCAGCUAAUAUAAAAAAAUUGGAUGUUGAUCCAGCAAAGGUUAACAUCCACGGAGGUGCAGUUUCUCUGGGUCAUCCAAUUGGAAUGUCUGGUGCUAGAUUGAUAGUUCAUCUGUCACAUUCCCUCAAAGCUGGAGAAUAUGGAUGUGGUUCGAUCUGUAAUGGCGGUGGAGGUGCCUCAUCAAUUCUCAUUCAGAAAUUAUCUCAUCAAAUGCCUGAUGGAAAACCAGUUCUCACAUUAUACACAAAAGAUCCAUGUCCAUUGUGCGACGAAUUGGUAGAUGAACUUGAAGCACAUUUUAAGGGAGAAUAUAAUCUAGAGAAAGUCUACAUAACUGAAAAGGAUAAUUUAAAAUAUUUGCGUCUCUAUAAAUAUGAUAUUCCAGUUGUAUUUUUGAAUGGACAAUAUUUGUGCAAACAUAGGUUAAACAAAAAUCUUUUACGAAACAAAUUAAAUGAAUUGUGUAGUUACUAGAAAAAGAAAGAAACAAAAACAAAUUGAA